CUAGCAGUUCUUCCAUCCCUAUAGAGAUGAGCAAAAUUGCAAUUUUCUGUAUUAAUAUUCGCAGCAGAAAAGACACAAAUAAACAACACUAAAUCGGAAUACAUGGAAGAUAUAGCUGCGAUUUAACUAGAGUAAAUCGUGGGACUGGAAAAGCGUGAAAAGCCCGCCGAUGUUAAAUCGCCAAUGCGAGGAAAAUCGCUCAUCUCUAUUACAAAUACGAAAAUGAAACUGCGUGCAUUCUAAAUGCCACAUGGGAACCAUGACCAAGGAUUACGACUAUCUGCUGAAGGUUUUACUGGUGGGUGACAGCGAUGUGGGCAAGCACGAGAUCCUCUCGAAUCUGGAGGACCCCUCCACGGAGAGUCCCUUCUGCAGCGGGAACGACUGCACAUCUCAUAUCCUCCAAACGGUAGCCUACAAGACGACCACCAUACUACUGGAGGGCAAGCGGGUGAAGCUGCAGCUGUGGGACACCUCUGGCCAGGGACGCUUCUGCACGAUCAUCCGCUCCUAUUCACGCGGCGCCCAGGGCAUCAUCCUCGUCUACGACAUUACCAACAAGUGGAGCUUCGACGGCAUCGAUAGGUGGCUCAAGGAGGUCGACGAGCACGCCCCUGGAAUUCCAAAGGUUCUUGUUGGGAAUCGCCUGCACUUGGCGUUCAAGCGACAGGUGGCGGCCAAACAGGCCGAGACCUACGCCAGCCGCAACAACAUGUCCUGCUUCGAGAUAUCGCCUCUCUGCGACUUCAACAUCCGCGAGUCCUUUUGCGAACUGGCGCGGAUGGCGCUGCACCGCAACGGCAUGGAGCACAUCUGGCGCAGCAAUAAGGUGUUAUCGCUCCAGGAAUUGUGCUGCAGGACGAUUGUGCGAAGGACGAGCGUGUACGCGAUCGAUUCGCUGCCGCUGCCGCCGUCGGUGAAGUCGACGCUCAAGUCAUACGCGCUGACCACGUCGCAGUGCUUCAACUCGCUGACCCAGAGCUCCAAGAGCAAGAACCGCUGCAAGACGCCGACGAGCAGCAGUCGGAAUAGCUGUGCGAUCGCGUGAUCGUUGCCUCGUAGGCCGCCGUCCAGCCGCCUACACCGCCACGCCCCUAACCGACAUUAACUUUAAUUGAGCUCUACUUAUGUACUCUAGGCUAACACACACACACCCAUACCAUACCCAUGCCCAUACGCAUACACGUACACCACACACCCACUCGCCCCAGCUUUUGGUUAUAUUUUGUUUCAUUGACAUUGAUAUUUGUGGUCAAGAAUGUUUACUUUUUACACAGUAAAGCGUGCACCUUUUUAAUUUUUAACCACCCCCAUCCCAGCCCCAUUUUCCCAGCUCCUCUCUUUUGCAUUAAUCUAAUGUUGUUAAUAUUAUUAUGUUUGUAUAAUUCUAAUAUUUAAUGCAUCAAACUCAUCAACAUAUAAGACAAAAAAAAAAUAAGAAAAACAAAAACGAUGAAAUAACAUCAAGUGAAAAUCAAUUUUUAUAUGGAAAAAGAUAAUAAUUUUUUUUUUUUGUUUGUUUACCAUCGGAUUUAAAUAUUCUUAGAGAAGUAUUGUAAUUGAAGCGAACUCAGCAAGAGAAGCACACACAAAGCGAAUUGAUAAAAAAAAUAAUUCAUACUGAA